UGCGCUGCCGAUGCGGUACUGCUACCCGCAGCAAAUUUGAUACUGCCCAAGUCACCCAAGUGCCCAAUGAGCUUUAUCAGUUUAUCACGGAAUUCUUUAUCUUUUCGUUUUUUUCCCAUCCUGAAACUGAAUCCUGAAUCCUGAUGAAGAGAUUACAAGUUACACAAAUGACACAUUCUGCUGAUAAUCAGUAAUAAGUUGUUCAAUUUUCAAUCUUCAGUGAAAGGCUGUCUUGUUGUUGAAUUAAAAUAAAUAGACAAGAAUCUUGUUCUCGCUGUAGGUCUCGAUGUGAAUUUGAAAGUUCCAAUUUGUUCGAUUGUUGCCAUCGCGAUGGAAUGGCGAAAGAGCUGGCGCUGGCCGUCACUGUGUUUGUUUUGUAAAUUGUAAUCAUCGUACCGAAUUCGAAUUGCAAGCUGUAAACUGUGUAAGCGUAUGAAAAUAUCGAUAAUGGGCAUGGGAAAGACAUCCUUCAGAAGAGAAGAUGAAGACGACGAGGUGGAUGACGUUCAAAACCAACUGUUAGACGACGAUGAUGGAGUAGCGAUGAUCGGACACGUCGCUGGCAAUAAUGUUCCGGAACCAGAACCGGAAGCCGAAGCCGCGGUGGAAUCGAGCAACGAUGAUUACUCUGAUUCGGAUGCGGAUUCGGAAUCCGAUUCUGAUUCUGAUUACUCACCAUCGUUGCCAUUGCGACCAGACAAUGACAACGAUAACAACGCGGAUGAGGAUGCCGAUGCUAAUGCCGAAUCUGAAACAGACAGUGUCGAAUCGCUUCGACUUGGGCGAGAAACGCGAACGAAAGCGGAAAGUUCAUCGGAUGAUAUUUUAUCGAUGCUGAAAAAUGGCGCCAUUUCGAGAAAAUUGCAACCACCCGAUAUCCUGAAUGACGAUGUAGUAACAGACAUAUCGUUUUCUCCAACUCGCGAUAUAAUCGCUGUUGCAACUGCCGUAGGUGAUGUAUAUUUGUACAGUUACGAUAUUGAAAACACUCGAGUCGCUUUAAAGUACUCGGCUCAUAUGGGCAGCUGCAGACGCAUCGAGUUUGACGACCAAGGAGAAUCUAUAUACUCCAUUUCCGAUGAUAAAUGUAUUAUAGUGGCUGACACAAAUUCUGGAAAAUUUAAGAACGUUUUUGAUAAUGCUCAUAGUCAUCCAAUUUAUUCCUUACUGGUGAUAAAUAAUAAUUUAUUUUCAACUGGCGAUGACGAAGGACAUGUGAAAUUGUGGGAUAAACGCGGAAGAGAGCAAGUAUUUUCAUUGAAAGUUGGUGCCGACUAUGUGAGUUCAUUAAAGUGCUUGGAUGAAGCCAGCACUCUAGUGUGUACAGCCGGAGAUGGAGUGGUCAGUGUCAUUAAUACCAACAGUAGAAAACUUGCCAACAAGUCUCAGCCAUAUGAUGCGGAAUUAACUUGUAGCGAUUCAUUUUGCUCCGACACUAAAUUGGCAGUGGGUACGACAACUGGUGCUCUGCUGCUGUACAGUUGGGGCCAGUUUUCAUCUUGGAACGACGAAUUUCCAGGCGUGGAUGACAAGAAGCACGCCAUCAACUGUAUGAUACCAGUUACCGAGAAUAUUGUUGUUACUGGCAUGGAUGAUGGCUUAUUAAGAGCAACAAAUUUAUUCCCAAUGAGGCAUGUUGGUAUCGUCGGUCAGCAUGGUGGCACAGUUGAAUGCAUCGAUAUAAACGCAGAUGGUACUUUACUGGCAUCCGCAUCCAUCAAUAACAAAGUACGCUUCUGGAAUGUGGAAUAUUUCGAAGACAUCCAUAUUACUGACAAGAUGGCUUCCAAUAAUAACAAGGCUCGAGAACAUAAUCUUCCGUCAUCAUACGGUCUCAACAGUACUGACUUUUAUUCGGGUUUAUCGUGAAAAUCGCCAAUUUGUCAAUUUGCAAAUUUUUGAAGCCCACACUCAUGGCCCAAACCUGUUUGUUUGUGGGUUGUGUUGCCUCAGGUGGUAGUACGUAGACGUACAUUCAAUUUUAUUUUUGUACAUACUAUGUAUGUACACUAUGUACAAAUGAGUAGGAUGCAGUGUGGUAUAGAAAUAAAUUUUAUUUAAAGAA